UUUAUCAAACACCAAUUAUCCAUCUCUUUAACCAAUAAUUCACAAAUUCAUUUCUCUAAUCAAUUUCUGAAAUGAACAUAUUUCCUCUCCAAUCUCAAUUUAUCUCCUUCUUGUUCACUCUCCUCUCACUUUCAUUCUUAUCAAAAUAUGGUUACAGUGACAAUGAAGAACUAUACUAUUCCAACUGUGCCCCUUUUAGCUGCGGAAACACAACAAAUUUCAGCUACCCUUUUUGGGGACAUGCCCAACCUGAGUAUUGUGGGUUACCAGGUUUCAGAAUUGAUUGCAAUAAAGGCUCAGCGACAUUAGAGAUCAUGUCCUUGAAGUAUAACAUCAUCGAAAUCGAUCCUGAUCGUCAAAUCCUCAGGAUCGCCAGACUCGAUCUAACGGAUAAUAUUUGUCCUACAGGUCAACCCUUAAACACCACCUUGGAUGUUACUCUCUUCAGGUAUACUUCAAAUGACGAAAAUGCCACUCUGUUAUACAAUUGCGACUUCUCAUCAGAAUCACAGCUUCGUAACGAAUUCGAUUGCAGCAUAAAUAAUGUUCGUCGAAAAGGGUACUUGACAUGGCCGUCGAUUAGUACUAGUGAGUUUGCGAUUGGUUGUAAUGUUAGCGUUUCGGUUCCGGUCCUGGAGAGAGCAGUUGAGGGAUUUUUGCAACAGAAAAUGACAGUUAGCCAAGUUUUAAGUGAAGGAUUUGAGAUUUGGUGGAUUAGUGAUCAAGUCAAGUGCAGAGAGUGUUUAAUGUCAGAUGGGAGAUGUGGGAAUAAUUUGACGACGAAUGGAUUCAGUUGUUUAUGCCGUGAUCGGCCUUACGACCGGACAUGUUUGAUGGAUCCGGCAGCAAAACCGUCUACUGAAAAUAAUUCAGGAAGUGAUAAGAAUAUAAAGUUGGAAGUUGGUAUAGGAAUUGGCGCAUCCCUUGGAGUAAUUGGGAUUUUAAUCACCAGCUGUGUCAUUAUUGAUUGUUCCAAGAAGAACCUCUUAUGGAAGAUCAAUAACAAUAAUCAAAAGUUUGAGGCAUUUCUUGAGAGCUACGGGCCUCUACCAGUAAAAAGAUACAACUUUUCACAAAUCAAGAAAAUGACAAAUUCUUUCAAACACAAACUUGGCCAAGGAGGUUAUGGAACUGUAUUCAAAGGGAACCUAUCUGAUAUUGGUUGUCCCGUAGCAGUAAAAAUCUUGAAUGUAUCUAAAGAAGAAGGUGAAGAAUUCAUCAACGAAGUUGCUAGUAUCAGUAGAACUUCUCAUGUUAACGUUGUCACUCUUUUAGGGUUCUGUCUCCAAGGUGAUAAAAAAGUUCUAAUUUACGAGUUUAUGCCAAAUGGAUCGCUCGACAAGUUCAUUGGCAACGCGACAACUCAUGAUCAGCAUUUGGAAUGGAAGAUCAUGCACGAAAUUGCAAUUGGAAUAGCUCGAGGACUUGAGUACUUACAUCGAGGAUGUAACACGAGGAUUGUGCAUUUCGACAUUAAGCCGCAUAAUAUCCUCCUUGACGAUAACCUUUGUCCAAAAAUUUCCGAUUUUGGACUCGCCAAAUUAUGUACUAGAAAUGAGAGUAUUAUAUCAAUUAUAGAGGCUAGAGGGACAAUUGGGUAUAUAGCUCCAGAGGUCUUUAGCAGAAAUUUUGGCAAGGUUUCAUAUAAAUCAGAUGUUUAUAGCUACGGAAUGAUGGUUUUAGAAAUGAUUGGUGGUAAAAAGAGAGACGAGGCCGAUGAGACGGACCGUACUAGUGAAACUUAUUUUCCGAAUUGGAUUUACAGGCGUCUAGAGCUAAGCAAUAUAUGUGAAUUGUACGGUGGAGUUUCUGUAGAAGAAGGUGAUAUUGUGAGAAAAUUAACGAUGGUUGGGUUAUGGUGCAUUCAGACAAAUCCAUCGGAUAGACCAUCGAUGAGUAAUGUGCUAGAAAUGUUACAUGGAAGCACCGAAGCUCUCGAGUUUCCGCCGAAGCCUUUCCUAUCUUCGCCUCCGAGGUCUUUACCAUCAUGUCUAUAUACUACAUCAACAUCAAUCGGUGAAUAAUUCGGCUUAUUACUUUGUGUGGUGUCAGAUCUUUAUUUUUAGUUUUAAUUUGAUACCGAAAUGUUAAUUUGUAUUAAAGUGAUACUGUAAAUUUAAUUUAUGUUGUAGGCGAUGUACUUGAAUAAAUUUAGACAAUUGUAUAUUUACACGGCUUUCAAAGAUGAAGAAUAUUUGUCCGGUUACCGUC